UGCGGAGCCUGGAGCCCCGAAGCCCGGCCGAGUGUCUCCCGGUCCCCAGCGCUCUCAGCCCCGCGCCCCUCCCGCCGCCGCCGCCGCCCCCGAACCGCUGUCGACAGCCCCAGCCUCGCCACCAUGAGAGUUCAAGUGGCGUGCCUCCUUCUCUGUUUCCUGCUCGUUUGCGACUCCAAAGGCAGCCGAGAACUGCAUCGAGGGUCUGGUGCAUCGAACUGCAGCUGUCUGAACGGAGGAACAUGUGUGUCUUACAAGUACUUCUCCAACAUUCAGCGAUGCAACUGCCCAAAGAAAUUCCAAGGGGAACACUGUGAGAUAGAUACUUCAAAAACCUGCUACCAAGGGAAUGGUCACUCUUAUCGAGGGAAGGCCAACAUGGACACUGAGGGCCGGCCCUGCCUGGCCUGGAACUCUGCCUCUGUCCUUCAGAAAAAGUACAAUGCCCACAGAUCUGACGCCCUUCAGCUGGGCCUGGGGAAACAUAAUUAUUGCAGAAAUCCAGACCAUCAGAAGUGGCCUUGGUGCUAUGUGCAGGUUGGCCUAAAGCAGCUUGUCCAAGAGUGCCGGGUGUAUGACUGUUCUUUGGGGAAAAAGCCCUUCUCUCCUCCAGAAACAUCAGAGUUUCAGUGUGGCCAGAAGGCCGUGAGGCCCCGCUUUAAGAUUGUUGGGGGAGAAUUCACAACUAUUGAGAACCAGCCCUGGUUUGCGGCCAUCUACAGGAGGCACCGGGGAGGCUCAGUCACCUUUGUGUGUGGCGGCAGCCUCAUCAGUCCUUGCUGGGUGGUCAGCGCCACACACUGCUUCAUUAAUUACCAGAAAAAGGCGGAGGACUACAUCGUCUACCUGGGUCGGUCAAGGCUUAACUCUAAUACGUCUGGGGAGAUGAAGUUUGAGGUGGAAAAGCUGAUCUUUCAUGAGGGCUAUAGUACGGAAACACUUGCUCACCACAACGAUAUUGCCUUGCUGAAGAUCCGUUCUGACACGGGCCAGUGUGCGCAGCCAUCCCGGACCAUACAGACCAUCUGCCUGCCCCCACAGUAUGACGAUGUCCGUUUUGGUGCAAGCUGUGAGAUCACUGGCUUUGGAAAAGAGAGUUCCACUGGCUAUGUCUAUGCGGAGCAGCUGAAAAUGACUGUUGUGAAGCUGGUUUCCCACGAGCAGUGUCAGCAGCCCCACUACUAUGGCUCCGAAGUCACCCACAAAAUGCUGUGUGCUGCUGACCCACAGUGGAAAACAGAUUCCUGCCAGGGGGACUCGGGUGGGCCCCUGGUCUGCUCCAAUGAAGGCCGCCUGACACUGGCUGGGAUAGUGAGCUGGGGUCGUGACUGUGCCUUGAAGAACAAGCCAGGCGUCUAUACAAGGGUCUCACAAUUCCUGCCCUGGAUCUACGCUCACAUCGGGGAAGAGGAGAAUGGCCUAACCCUCUGAGGACCCCAGGGAGCCGAGAGAAGAAAUGGGCACCUCCUACUCCCAUGCUGAGCAUCGUUUUUGCAGUAGGGCCGUCUCCACCAGAUAUAAGGAAGAGACUGGAGAAGACUGGCUCUGCAGAGAUGGUUUUUGCAUGUGCUGCCUGCCAGGGUGAGCAACAUAGCUUUACCCUCAGAUACAGGCCUGGGUACUGGCCACCCAGACCCCCCUGGCCAGAAUGGAGCGCUGGUCCUGACUCAGGAUGGUAUUGCUCAGCUGUUUGUCUUUUUCUGGACUAAAACCUCCUGGAGUUAAAAAUGACGUCUCCUGUGCAUGGGUGGAAGGAGAACCAGCUCCCUCAAUAGUGGGCAUUCAUGAGGCACACCGCUGGGAAAUGAAUAAUUUCCCCGUUGGGAAGUGUAGCAGAGCUGAGGUCUCCUAAGGGAGGCUGGCCAAUGUGGGAACAGCAGUUUGGGGAGUAGAGACACUAAUGAAUUGAGGGCAGGGCUCUGGCAUUCCAUGCAUGUGUCAGGAGAUAUUACAUGUGUGUAGGCUGAGCACUUGGUCAUGGGCUCUAAGUGGCAGUGUAAGAGCUGGUGCAUCCCUGUGUCUGCAUUUCUCUAAACUGUGGGGACUGUGAUGCCACACAGAGCGGGUCUCUCUGUAGAGGUCGUGGGUCACUCCCAGGGCCUCUUGGCUGUCACACGUGAUGACACCUGUGAAUGUAUCAUUCCGGUGCACAACCCAUACCUAGCACUAAAUGUCUCCGUUUCAGUUUCACGUAAAUGUCCCUUUCUUGGCCAGUUAUCCCGUCUGACCUUCCAGCCUAGUUCAUCCAAUCCUCACUGGGUGGGGUGAGGACCACUCCCGUACACUGAAUAUUUAAUGAUUAUAUUCUGCUAUUUUUAUUUAUAUCUAUUUUUGUAAUUUUGAAUAAAGAUGAUCAAUAAAAUAUGACUUUUCUGAGGA